GGAUCCUCUGAUCGUAGCACGGUAGCAGUGUAACUUCACUACCAAUGUCUGACUAAAAGAAGUUGCACAUCGUCUUAUAUUGCCUAUGCUACGUGAAAAACUAGGACAUUGUGAGAAACGUGGCACCCACAAUAAAGACAAUUUCCUAACAGCAAAAUUUCUAGAACUAUUACAUACAUGUGAAAAUCACGAUUUUAUGAAAGCUUUGAUUUUGAAAUCACGUACUUGGCUUGCAUGAUAACUGAUAAUAAAUCAGUAGGAAGUUGCAAAGGAAAUUGAUAAAUGAUCAGCGUUUCAAAACUAACAUUGAUAUCUGUGAAUUCAUCUAAUUUUCAGAAGAAAGAAGGCGAGGACAAUGGACAGGACUCUGAUGAAGGGAGUACUGCAGGAGUUGCUGAAGGUGAAACCCCUCAUAAAUUUACAUGGAGCGAUUACAUGGAAGCUGCAUUAAGCAAAGCUGCUCCUGAUUGCUGUUUCAAACAUACAACUGUGGAAGUGCCAGGCUUAAAACCAGGAAUGAAACUAGAAGCUGUCGACAGGAACAAUCCUCCUUCAUUCUGUGUUGCCACGGUAAUACAACAGGUUGGGCAGAGGGUGCGUAUACGUUAUGAUGGCUUUGGAAAGGACAGUGGCAAUGACUGCUGGUGUAACUUCCAAGCAGAGGAGCUCCAUCCUAUAGGAUGGUGUGCACAGAAUGGCUACCCUCUGCAGCCACCUAAAGGUAUAAAUAGCACUCUUGAGGACUGGAGAACAUUUUUAACCCAGACCCUGACCGGCGCACUUGCCGCACCUCAUGAUCUGUUUAGAAAGACUCAAGAGCAUUUCCAGCCUAGAGUUCAUGGAUUUGAAAUUGGCAUGAAGUUGGAAGCUGUUCACCCGAUGAAGCCAUCGAUCAUUUGCCCGGCCACAGUCACUAAGAGCCUGGGUCCAUACUACUUUGCCAUCACUACAGACUACCAAGAGAAUGUGCCCUCAGUCACAUUUUGCUGCCAUAGCGACUCCCCAGGAAUCUUCCCAGCGGGAUGGUGUUCCAGGCAUCAAGUGGAUUUGUCUGUUCCUCAAAACUACACUAAAAAGACUUUUGCAUGGGACAAGUACUUAGCUCUGUGUAGAGCACCAUUUGCUCCUGCUCAUUUGUUUAGGAAAACAAAGGCCCAUAAAUUCAAGCCCGGCAUGAAACUAGAAGUGGCAGACUUGGAACAGCCUCAGAUCAUCCGUGUAGCCACCAUAACUAACAUCAUGGGCCGCAUGCUGCAGCUGUUCUUUGACGGCCAGUCAAAGUUUCAGUUUGUGGAUUUUGAAUCACCGGACAUCUAUCCCAUUGGUUGGUGUAAAAGAACAGGACACACACUCCACUCGCCAUUUGGUCCAAUUCCUUCUGAUGCGACCAGCUCAGCUGAUGAUGAAGACAGUUUAGACUUACCAUCAUUUCUGGAGGUCAUGGGAAGACAGAACCAAGCCCAGACAGGACAGACAGCAGUAGGUAAGGGUGAUCAAUUUCUCACUUCUCUUAACCAUUCUGUAGUCAUAUUUAAUGAAGCAGGUCAUAAGAAGAUAGGAUUAUAUCAUAUCAGAUUCCCUCUUCUCCCGUCAUCAUCUCUCCUCCCCUGCCCCCGGGCGGUCAUGCCAGGAGGAGGUCUGGAGGUCUGGAGGUCUGCCCCCUCUCCUGUGUUGUCUCGCCCCUUCCUUUCCCANGAUGACAAGUCACCGGGGGAGGAAAGUGACAUUAGUGAUGAUGAUACAGGUUCGGAACGUUUUUACCACAACAAGAAUCAGAUCUUCUUCAACAAGAGCUGCUGUUAUGGACCCUUGUUGGACCCAGACAAGGUGUCACAGCUGCCCGAGGCCACCCCUCCUGGGAAGGUCAGCAGUGUGAUACGCACGGGACUGGAGAUGGUAGCCAAGGCCGCGUUUGACCCUGAAAAGGUGAUCGACCUCAUGCAGGAGGGGUGCGGAGUACGAGUGGUUGUCAAACACAAGGGCAAGAUUCUGAAAAAGGCGAUCUCUCGAGUAGAUUCGCGGCCGAAGUUGGAGCGUUACCUUAAGAGGUUUUGCCGGCGACUCAUCUGUUGCGAAUUCUUCUUGAGUUUGAAGCCCGUGCCAACACCCUGUCCUGAUCAGUGCCAGGCUGAUGAUCAAGGGAAUCUGCAAGGUCCGAAGGGGCUCAAAGCCAAGCGUUCUCGUGAAUACUUUGAAGUCAAGCAUCUAGGAGUUGAGAAAAAGAAGCGCGGCCGGAAACGGAAGUCGGAAUACCUACUUCCGGGCGAUCCAAGCAACGCUGUUACCAGGCCCCUGGUAGAAAACGGCAUACCCAUCGUAGGGACGUCUUUCAGUGUGGUGCAGGGGCAGAAGAUCUCGCCGUCAACAACAACAUCAACCAUUGCUCCCGUUCAGAAUGGUACCGUCGUUACUCAAACCCCCGGGGCUCCCAUUGURAUACCCCAGGGGGUUUCCCCWGGGAUUGCCGCACCACCAGCCUCCGUUGGAAACGUUGGCUACCAGGUUCCUGGAAAUGUAACAGUGCCUCAUCCGCCCAACUCAGUAAAAAGCGUACCAAUGCUCGCACCCCAGGGGAAACUUCCCAUGGCUCACCCCCAUAGGGCACCUGUGCCGAUUAACGCUUUACCAGGAGGAAAACCUGUCAUGAAGGAGGGAGUGCAAGCACACAAUCCAUCCGGUGGCCCUAUCACCGUGUCGUUAUCUGACGGCUCAAGUCGCAUCGUCACUAACGUAUCAGGCCAAAGAUUCGCCACAAGCGCCACAAGCUCCGGUACAACCAUCACAUUUGGUCGGGCCCCACCCAAUGUCACCAUAUCAAACUGCAUUCCCCCACCACUGACUAAGAUAGCGACUGAGGCCAGCAGCAGUCACGUGACUACUACCACCAACAUGGCUGUCGAACCCCCAAAUCAACUUGCAAUUCAUGCUGUGUCCGCGGUGCAAACGGCCAGCAGCACUUCAGUGCCGCCACCUUUUUCUUCCGGUUCUGUGCACGUGCCUCCCGUUUCCAGGAACUCGUUUGGCACGACUCCCGCUGGACAGAUGCCCAUGGGGGCUGGAUACAGACCAGCUACCAGUCCACCGGUGUUUCCUCGACAAGUAUUAGGUGCAAACGCUGGAGGAGUGAUCCGACAUCCUGGGGUCCACCCGAAUCCUCCGGGUACUUCCUCUGCGGUUCAAAUCAAACCGAGCAGUGGAACACCCCCUCCCCCUCCUCCACUGGUCCCCAACGCUCGCGUGGGACCUCAAGGAGUAAGGCCCCAGGGGAUGUACGUUCAAGCUCAGACGAACAGCAGCUCCAUGCCACAGCCACGCCCAGGAAUGCAUUCCCACCCGCCAUCCUACAACCCCAUAGCAGCUAGAGGUGGGGUAGUUAACCACCACCCUCAAGCCAACACUCCGCCUCCCCUGAGUAGUUCCCCCGGGGCUCCAAGCGGACCUCUUCAGCCUGGCGCAGGAGAUAGGGGAGUUACCCAGCCUGGAUCCGCACCCAUUUCACAAAGGCCCAUUAUGCCUAACUACCAAGGAAUCCCUCGAUCGAUGAACCCUGGCAUGCCUCCUCGAAGUACCCCUCUGAGGUUUUCCAGUGUAAGAGCUCCCCUGGGAAGUGGAUAUGCACGGCAUCCCCCACCCAUGCGUCCGCAGGGAGUUAAUCCAGGGCAGAUGUCUUCCCAUCAACAGAGCUUCAAAUUGCGCUUCACAGUUCCUACCGUCUCAGGGACUGUGCAGAGAAGUCUUGGAUCCAAUCCGCCUGCCGUCACUUUCGUUGAUUCUGCAUCGAUUACCAAAUCGCACAUCUCACCGACUCCGAUCCAACCCAAGAGCUCCAUCGAACAUCUACAGGCCCUGACGAAUGCGACCGACAAAGACGCGAAGAUGAACGAGGAGUUGAAGAUCAAAGAGGAAGAACGAAAGAUGACGGAAGAGGAAGAAGAAGAAGGAGAAGGACAGGAGGGCAACGAAGAGAAAUCCGAAUCACCUCCGAAGAGAAAUCUGUGGUGGUUAAAAAAGAGGCGGCGAAAACGCACACGGCUGACGUACAUCAAAUCGAAAUACCGUCGGAAGGAGGACGAAGCGGCACCGAGCACUUCCGAGGUCGCUCCGAUGGAGGAAGAAGCUGAACUCGACGAUCUUCAGAAGACGUCUUUGGACGAAAGGCCAAAGCGAGGCCGACCACCGAAGGGCGUAGGAUUUCGAUUCAAAACAGAGAGCUUCUCUAAUAGUGACCCAGACUGGGACGAAACCGAAGAGAGAAGGCGAGUUAAACCAGUGGUGAAGAAGAGAAAGGGACGAGUCAAGAAAGAUUCUAACGAGGUGACGUCACCGAAGCUCAAGUCCCCUUUGGCCGGGCCAUCACAGAUCCCAAUGAUUCCUGGCAUGCCUAUAAUGCGAGAGGCUGGGCCCAAACACGCUGCCUCGAUGCCAUCCAGUUCUACGUCACCAAUGGGGCGCUCGCCCCCAGUUUCGCCACGAUCCAUACAGCGUGGACAUGCUCACCACGGACCAGGAAUGGCUGGUGAUAAACGUAUGACGUCACCCAAGGGUUCUAAAAUGAUGCGGAUGAGCUCUGGGUCGGAUGCAAGAGGUCACCACUCUCAUUCUGCAUCAAGGUACUCGCCUUACCCCUCCCUGACAUCAAAGGCACCCUACUCCCCCAUGGGGCAUCGACCCAUACGCCCAAAGCCGUUCUGUGUCGAUGUCGGUACUAACACGUCACUUCCGGGCUGCGUGAAUGGCCGGUCACCUGACCUUCCCGCCAACCCUGUCACGUGGUCAGUGGAGCAAGUGGUGAGAUACGUGCGCUCGACCGACUGCAUUAAUUAUGCUAAUAUAUUCUUGGAUCAGGAGAUUGACGGCCAAGCACUGAUGCUCUUAUCACGUGACUCGCUGAUGCAGUUCACUCGCAUGAAACUGGGGCCGACGUUAAAGAUGUGUAGUUAUAUUGCUCAACUCAAACUUCGAGCGCGUUAACGCUCGGCUCUGUUACUGGCAUGUUUUGGACUUGCAUGAAAGCACUCUCUACAAGUCGUCGACUAUGAAUCAGGAGCUUUUCCCGUAAGAUUGUGGACAUAGUUGAAGUCUUACGGUCCGAUUUGUGGAUACAAAAUGAUGGAGUGUUGAUAUCUUGAAGCCAACAAUGGGAAUCUAUUGGAUUUUAAUGAACCAACUAGUGCUGACUUAAAGAUUGUUGAUUCCGUAGUAUCCUCAAAUAUCAUUCAUUUCCCGCGCUCUGGCGUCUUUUGGCCAGGAGUUAAAUCGAUGGCAGACGACGACCCAUGUUUCAAGUUGCUCCGGAAGUGACACUUUCAGCCUGGGGCUGUGUCGAACUGUAAAACUUUCAAGCUUGUAGCAGCUAUAUUGCUAGCGAGAAAGUUAACAGCGCAUCACCGAUGUGCUGACUCUACACCCCGAAUAGCGAAUUUCAGGGAUUUCACGCUCUUUUGCUUUUCGGGGUUCUAAAGGUGUAGGGAUUGUAGAAAAAAAAAAAACUAAAUGCAGUCUAGCGUAGAUAUUAUAUUGUCUCCAGUUAGUUAAGUUUCAAUUCUCCUCAAUCUAAGAAUUUUAGCGUUAAUAUGAGUUCACAUUAACUUUGUGACCUUGAUACUUUGACAUGGGUUCUUGUUUCUCGACCGCUAGUUUGAGAAAGCGAAGGCUCCGGUUCUAGCCUUAUGACUGAGAUUGUGGUUUGUGCCGCGUGGAAAAUUUGUCUUGGACAAUAAAUAAAUAUUCAGAGUUAAUUUAAAUUACAAGGAAACUUAAGUGAUCAAGGCGUGAUCUGUGAGCGCCCAGUGAACGCAACUCGUGUAUUCAUACGCAAGAUUUACAUUUUGAUAUUUCCGAAAUAUUAUAGAGUAUUGUAUUUUAGGUAAAAAAUAGUUUUUGUGGAUUUGAUAAUUAUAAAUUGAGAGGUUUCCGGCCUUGGUAGUACUCUCGGAAACCAAAGGAUAACGACUUUUAAAUAACGGAGUAAUCAACAAAGGACCAUGAUCUUCGGUUUUCGACACCCGAACGAAUGGUCAGGUCGACAGCGUCCGUCGAUUCCCGAGGGUAGGAGGCGAGCGUUUAAGGAGUGUUAAAUCACCUAUUAAUUAUGAUUGAACCUAUUUUGUGUGGAUUAUGACAUUCUACAUUGUAGAUAGACUUUUUUGUCAAGUAUUAAAAAUUAUUUUUAUGUA